AUACUAGCUAGGGAAAUGUCUAAGUAAACUGCUAGAUCAUCUGUUAUCAUCAUCAUCUUAUUUACAUACAUUUGGCAAUAUUUUAUAUAUCCAAUGUAAGAAAGCUAUCUAUGCCAACUUCAUUCAUAUAUUUGUUUAUGAUGCUCGCCCCAAUGGUAACUUAUCUGGCCAGCACACGCUGCCUCGCUAGAAGCCACAAUGUGACAUUGUUGUUGCUAAUAUGUUUUAUUUGCUAGGCAUCCGACAAAACGUCAUAGUAAUUUUCUCGGAAAUGUCGUUUACAUUUUUAUUCAGCAACGACACCUAUUCAUAUCAAGUACAUGAAGCACAUCAUGGGUGUCUUGCACAGUGCCGCGUGGGUCUCAGUUUUCAAACAUCUCAUUGGAGUAUAACAGUUGCCCGUUUCUUUUUAGAUAUGAGAACAAUGAUCGUACAUUUGUUGGGAUUAAUAGCACGACUAUUAGAUACGAAGCUAUGUCAAGGGAGUUGACAGAGAUUACUCUCGGUCAGACACGGAUAUGGCUACACUCACUGGACCUUUUUUUAAUGUAUAUUUUAUAGAUGUCCAUCUCAAAGUCAUGUACCAUUUCCCAAUAGUAUACAACUAAUGAACGUUUGAACAAACGAUUUGAUGUGGGUUAUAUACAGGUUUAUAUAUGGGUUAUGUAUACACCACACGUGAUGAUGAUAUGGUUUAUUCACCAAGAACAAAAUGUGAUAUCAAUAAAUGAAUUUGCAGUACCAGUCCUAAUAACAGGAGAGAAAAUGAAUGCCAUGGUCUGGUGGGCACACUUAAAAUCAGUCAUCACCCUCAAUUGUUUUGAUAGGGUGUUUGUGUUACAAUUCCUACUGAUGUUUGAUGUAGACUUGUGUUUAAAGGCUUGAGCUACAGUACAAGGCUUGCAUAGCUGGUUUUGUCGUUUUUCUGUCAUGUGUUUUUAUAGACACAGCAGUAGCAUUGAUUAUCCUUUCUUACAACACAGCCUUGCUAUGAGUCUUGGUCACAUGUUUCAUGAGUCACACAGUAUUCUUCAGUGUGUGAAAGGUCAUUGACAUCAACUCAAGGUGAAUAUAUUUACCAAUGACAUGCUUUUACGCAGUGGUGUAAAGUACCUAAGUAAGUCUUGUCCUGUUGUCCCCUCUACGACUGUAGAGAGGAACCUCAUCACUUCCUGUCCAAUACACUCCUAUUGGAUUAGAGUAGUUGUGGGUGGUAGCAGAAGAAUGUAUGUUAGCUCUGUGAGUGCAGCUGAGUUGACCAAAGAGCUGAGACCAGGGGUGAAGAAUCUACAGUCGUCUUGUGUACAAUAAACAUUGUCUGGACUAGGCUAUUUGUUCAGGAAAAGAGGAAGACCUGUGUUUUGUUAGCGUGCCUUGGAACAGUAGGUAAGGUAACCAAUUUCUUCUCUUGUUCAUUCUCUUGAAAGGGUUGCACUGUUUCGGGCUGCUCUUCACUGGUGUAGUGUUUUUCAGAAGUGUGUGCAUGUGGUCAGAAGUGUGUGCAUGUGAUGCUCUCCCACAAUUCUGAUUCUGUUUCAAGGGCUGAUAUACCUGAUACCUGCCUUUUUUAUAAUGGAUAUUUGAAAGUGGUAGGAAGAUAUUUUUUUUCUCACUGAAUAAAAAAUAUUGAUUGAAGAAGGAAUUUGUCAUGGCUGAUUCCUUUCGGGGAUGUUAUGCCUGAGCUUUGUUGUGCCUAUGUAGUAAAUGGAAUUAGGCAGAUCAGUGGCACAUGAGCACUAUAAGCACUUGAGCCUUCAUUAGUACAUCAACAGGGACUGUCUGGAGGGAUGUCAAGUGACAAGCAUUUCAUCAUCAGGGCAACAUAGCAGAUCAUGAUGCAAGCAUUACAACAUGAACAUUUGUACAAGUUCUGAUCCUGUCGAGGCAUGCUCAGCUGCUAGUUACAGUAGCAACAGUAAGAUCAAUUCGAUAACCUUUUCAAUGGAAUGUGGGUCUUUUGGCACUGUGUUCCCCUUACCUCUGAUGUCAAGCUGACCUCCAUUAGGCUACAUUGUGGCUCUCAUUGUAUUAUACGUGGUUUGAUAUGGUUUAGUCUAAAUGUUUUACUGAGUAGUGGAUAUAAAGAAGAAGAUGGACUUGAGGAUGGGGCUCAACUCUUUUUUUUCUUUGUUCAGGGCUUAAAAUACUAUUUUUGUUUAGGCUAGGAUAAAGUCCUGAAUAACAUUCUGUGACACUUUUACACUUUCUAGUGUGCUGGUAUUGCUCUUGCCAGUUGCCAUCUUAGAAUCUUGCGCAAUGAAAUAAUCUGUUCUUUGGCUUACAUGGAAUCUGCUUUUGAUAUACUUGUAUUUCCUUUAUUUUGGCAGUUACCUUUAGGUCCAAAGGGUUGCCAAGUGGCACCAGAAAUUUGGCGAAAGUAAAAGCGAAAGCUAGCAUCACAGACCUCUUGUGUCAAGCCUUUCCAUUGAGUCGUCUGGGUGCAUGUGCUGCUACCUGUCCAAUCUGUAAUUACCGCCACCUGCCGUGGCAAUCUUUCCAUGACCUGAGAGCUGAACCGUCUGAACUCUCCCUGAAGCAGACACUUCUCCCUCAAGUCUCUAUUUCUCUCCACUUCUGCCUCACCUUCAACCAUGACGUUCAAAGUUGACAUGCAUUACGUAGUCUUCUUGCCUGUGUACCUAUUGAUGUGGCUGUACACUCUCAUCACGUUUAUCCCAUGGUAUUUCCUCACUAAUGCUGGGAAGAAGAAAACCAUGGCCAAGCGAGAGAAAGCCAAGUCCACCACAGGCAAAGCAGAGGGCCCCUAUCGUUGUGUGGAGAACUUUGACAACCUGGCCCGGGAGGACUUUGAGGGAAAGGACACUCUAGACAAGCUGUUUGAGCAUGCAGUGCAGCGCUUCGGCAACGCAGACUGCCUGGGAACCAGGGAGCUCCUAAAUGAGGAGAACGAGAUGCAACCGAGUGGCAAGAUCUUUAAGAAGCUGAUCCUGGGGGAGUACAGGUGGCUGUCCUAUGAUGAGGUGGACCAGAUCAUCAGUCAUCUAGGUAGUGGACUAGCAGCCCUGGGCCAGCAGCCCAAGAGUACCAUCGCCAUCUUCUGUGAGACACGGGCAGAGUGGAUGAUCACUGCACAGGCCUGCUUCAGACGCAACUUUCCAUUGGUCACUCUGUAUGCCACCCUGGGGGAGGAAGCUGUGGCCUAUGGGCUUAAUGAGUGUGGGGCCACACACCUGAUCACCAGCGCUGAGCUACUGGAAACUAAACUCAAGAAUGUUUUGCCAGAUAUGCGCAACCUGAAGCACGUUAUAUAUGUGGACAACAAGAGCAUCAGCAGGGCGGGCUACCCUGAGGGCAUUCAGAUCUACAGCAUGCAGGCAGUACAGGAGUUGGGAGCCAAACCUGACAACUUGAGUGUAGCUGUGCAGCGCCCCCAGCCCACAGAUCUGGCCGUGGUCAUGUACACCAGCGGCUCCACAGGACGACCCAAAGGAGUCAUGAUCAUCCACAGCAACCUGAUCGCUGGCAUGACGGGCCAGUGUGAGAGGAUCCCAGGACUGGGGCCAAAGGAUACCUACAUUGGCUACCUGCCUCUAGCUCAUGUGCUGGAAAUGACUGCUGAGAUCUCAUGUAUGACGUAUGGCUGCAGGAUUGGCUACUCUUCUCCACAAACACUCUCUGACCAGUCAACAAAAAUCAAGAAGGGCAGUAAAGGAGACUGCUCUGUGUUGAGGCCUACUCUGAUGGCAGCUGUACCGGAAAUAAUGGACCGAAUCUACAAGAAUGUGAUGAACAAGGUGCAGGAGAUGAGCUAUGUGCAGAGGACACUCUUUAAACUGGGCUACAACUACAAACUGGAACAGAUCAAAAUGGGCUACGAUGCCCCACUCUGCAACAUGCUGCUGUUUAAGAAGGUGAAGGCUCAGCUGGGAGGGAACAUCAGGAUGAUGCUGUCAGGAGGAGCGCCCCUGUCCUCCGCCACCCAGCGCUUCAUGAACAUCUGCUUCUGCUGCCCCGUGGGACAGGGCUACGGCCUCACAGAGACCUGCGGAGCAGGUACCAUCACAGAGGUUGCAGACUACAGCACUGGGAGAGUAGGAGCCCCCCUCAUCUGCUGUGAGGUGAAACUACGAGACUGGGUUGAGGGCGGAUACACCAGCCAGGACCAACCCCACCCCCGUGGAGAGAUCAUGAUUGGUGGGCCCAACGUUACCAUGGGUUACUAUAAGAGCGAGCACCUGAACAAUGACUUCUGGGUAGAUGAGCAGGGCCAGAGGUGGUUUUGUACCGGGGAUGUGGGGGAGAUCCACUCUGAUGGCUGUCUGCAGAUAGUGGACCGUAAGAAGGACCUGGUCAAACUACAGGCUGGAGAAUACGUGUCCUUGGGGAAAGUGGAGUCUGCUCUGAAGAACUGCCCCCUUAUUGACAACAUCUGUGCAUAUGCAAACAGUGACCAGAACUACGUGAUAAGCUUUGUGGUACCGAACCAGAAGCAGCUGACAACUCUGGCCAAUAACAACGGCAUAAGUGUUGCCUGGGAGGAGAUCUGUAACCACCCAGCCAUGGAGAAGGAGGUCCUGAAGGCCAUCAAAGAGGUGGCUGCCUCAAUCAAACUGCAGCGUUUUGAGAUCCCAGUGAAAGUGCGUCUAAGCCCAGAGCCCUGGACUCCUGAGACUGGCCUGGUGACAGAUGCAUUCAAACUGAAGAGGAAGGAGCUGAAGAAUCACUUUCAGACUGAUAUAGAGAGAAUGUACGGAGGAAAGUAGAGCCACCAUCUGAUCUAACCAAAGAACGGUUUCCUUACAACUUUCACCAGUGAUGUGUGUCUGAAUAAUAAUACUAUUUAUUUGUAUAGCGCUUUUCAUAAGAGUUAUCUCGAAGCUCUACAGAAAAAGCAACACUUGAGUGUAAAAAACAUUAGGAACACCUUCUUAAUAUUGAGUUGCAUCCCGUUUUGCCCUCAGAACAUUCUCAAUUCGUCAGGGGAAGGACUCUACAAGGUGUUGAAAGUGUUCCACAGGGAUGCUGGCCCAUGUUGACUCCAAUGCUUCACACAGUUGUGUCAAAUUGGCUGGAUGUCCUUUGGGUGGUGGACCAUUCUUGAUGCACACAGGAAACUGUUGUGUGUGGAAAAACCCAGCAGUGUUGCAGCUCUUGACACACUCAAACCGGUGCGCCUGGCACCUACUACCAUACCCCAUUCAAAGGCAUUUCAAUAUUGUUCCUUGCCCAUUCAUGUCUCAAUUGUCUCAAGGCUUAAACAUUUUCUUUAACCCGUUUCCUCCCCUUCUUCUACACUGAUUGAAGUGGACUUAACAGGUGACAUCAAUAAGGGAUCAUAGCUUUCACCUUGAUUCACCUGGUCAGUCUGUUAUGGAAAGAGCAGGUGUUCCUAAUAUCUGUACACUCUGUGUUUAAAAACAACAUACAUUUAGAAUCAAGGCAGGUAAAAUAGCAAUAGUGGGCUAGGUGCGAUUUAUUAUUUUUUGCUUCGGACUAGGACUGAAAAAGACACUGUAGAAGUGGAAUUUAAGGCCCGUUUUAAAAGUUUAGAGUGAUGGAGAGGCUCAGGUCGUCAGGGAGAGCAUUCCAUAGGAGAGGGGCUAGGGAGCAGAAGGCUCAGUCCCCUUAGUUCGGAAUGUGUGUAAAUGUGUCUGAGUGUGUGUGUGUAUGCUCGCGUGUGUUUGCAUAUGCUUCAAAGCAUUAUGCCUGUGAACUGUAGAAUUGUUGUUCCACGCCAUCUUUUUUGUCAAAUUAUGAAUGUCAGUCCAUAAAGUCCAGCACAGAGGGAUCAGCUGGUUAGUUACAGCUAUUUGUGUACAUGCAGUUGUCUCCAUGCUUGGGGGACCGCACAGCGUUGUGCAAAACUGCAAUUUGAAUGCAAGUCUUGUAUUUGCAUAUUGUAAUUUGCCUUUGGAAUGUAUCAUUUUUUUGUCUAAGGGAGUUGGGUGUCAUGUCUUGUGAAUUGGCCAUUGUCAAUUUUAGAAAUUUCCUGUAGCUGUAAGACAGGGUUGGGCAAUUGGUGACCCCCUAUUGUAGGCCCGAGGAUCAAUUUCCAAACAUAGGGCAGCCCCCCCCCCCCACCCAAAAGUACUUUCAUUAUUUAAAAUAAUGUAGGAACUCAUUCGGAGGCCACACUUACUGUUGAGCGUUAGAAUAGUAAAAUACACAAGGUGCAAUUUCUAAAUGUGAUAUAAUAACAGAAAAACUGCUGAUGCACACCAGUCACUCAAUUAGCCAUGGCAGCUAACAAUUUUUAGAUUGUCUUGCCAGCUUUCUAAACUUGUAGUAAUCAUUGUCGAAUUCCGAUCAGGCACGUGACCAGGGCCCCUAUUGAUUUAGUUAAUUACUCUCACUCAGAUACAGUUAUAGCUGAUUUCGGGAUUGUAUAUCGAUUCGCAAAAUGUGUACAAUUUCAGGAAAUUAGCUUUAAAAUUGUAAAGAUUUCUCUCCCCCAUAGCAAAAUGGUUAGAAUUGCAGGAGAUUCGCUGUAAAACUGUCAUUUUUUUCUCUCUCUGCCCCAUGACAAAAUGUGUAGAAUUGCAGGAAAUGUACUUUAAAAUGUACAUUUUUCUCUCCACCGUCAAAUCUUGCUUAGGGCCCCCAAAAGGCUAGGUCCGGCCCUGGAAUAACGUGGUGAGGAGGAGCUUUGUGGACCCAUACACUCCGGAAGUAAUUUAUCCAGCCAAACUUGCAUAGUUAGCCAGCUAGUUUAGUCAAAUCAAAUGUCACAUGCGCCGACUACAACAAGUGUAGACUUUACUGUGAAAUGCUUACUUACGAGCCCUUUCCCAACAAUGCAGAGUUAAAAAGUAAGACAAUAUUAGCAAAAAGGGAAAACCGUGGAAAACAAGCUCUGGACAGGAUAUAGCUGGGCGCACAUGUGCACUAGGCUAAUUCAGGACACAGAGAUUGUAGUUUUUAUGCCCUAAUAUGGUGGGGGAAAGUUAGAUUAAAACAAUUCAGACACUGAAACGAGUACAUCAGAUGACACAAAUUUAAGGAGAGCAAAUCGAUAUACAAUCCCAAAAUCAGCUGUAACUGUCAAUAGUAAAACAAAGUUUAAAACGAUAUUUGAGUAAAACUGAAUCCAUAAAAUGAAUGGUGAAGUCGCUUACGGACACGGUAGCGUUCUCCUCCUCACCACUCUAUAGUUAAACUACUUAACUCUCUUAAGUAAAUUAUCUGCACAAAUGGAUUGAUUGAACAAAUCAGUUGACUGCAUGUAUGGGUAUGGAUGUGAGUACGCAGAUCCGCAAGCAACUGUGGCCCAUCAGGAUAUAAUCCGAUUUUUUUUGUGUCCACCACUCCCAUCAACGUUGCCCUAACCUACUGGUAGUUUGAUGAAAAUAAAACAAUAUGCUGCCCCCUAGUGUGCAAGCCCCCACAGUGCUGCUGUAUACAUUUGCUUGUUCUAUACAUAGGAUCACAUUACUGCCACAAGACUGCCGUGCCCCCACAAUCGUUAGGCUAUUGCACAUAGUUGAAACAUGAGUGUAAUUUUGGAAAUUUCUGUCACCUGUGCUUGUUUAAUUUUGGUUUUCGUGUUUUGAACCUACUCAUGACAUUGUCAUAGUGACACAACCCAACCCAAGCAUGUCACGUUAUGUUUUGGAUUUUUCAGGUACUAGGUCUGGUAUUGUGAAUAUCAUUCUUGCUAUGUUACAGAAUGGAUUAUCAUUUCUGUUUGAAGAUGGUCCUUUAGCCUCUGUUUCAUGCUGAUCUCUACCUACACCUCUGUUUUUGUAUACUGUACAAUAUUUAUAGACUUCGGUUAUAUUGUUUCAAGUCAUCUUUAUAAUGUAAUAGUUCUACAUUUCUGACCUCUGGAUCUGCCAAUUUAAUAGUCUGUAUGCUCUUGAAUAAUUGUAUAUUUAUCAAGAUAUGAAAUACUCAAUAUAAUUCAAUGCAAUUUUUAGAUGAUAUGCUGUUAAAUCCAAUUGAGUACCAUGUGUAAAUAAAACUUGAAUGUAAAGAUUUUGUAUGCAUGUACAUUAAGGUCAAGUUAAAUUUUGAGCCAUUUGAUAUUUUUUUGUUGAUGAAUUUGAUACUAUUGAAUUGUUUAAAGGUCACAAUUGUGCUUCUUGAAACUUUGUGUGGAACGUUGACAAAUGCUGUGAAUAGGCAAGUUUGCUUCAGCAAAUGUACCAACAUUCAAAGCUAAUGAGUUAUAGCAUUCUGAAGCUGUUUAACCUGGCAUAUAAUGCAGUAAGAGGGAAUUUAUGGUGUAGUGACCAAAUGAAACAUGCAAAUUAAUGCCAAAAAUGUAUAUUCCAGGAUGCAUUCGUAUCAUAAAAUACAAUUGAACUAUUAUGCACAUAUCCUCAAUGGCCAACACAUUGGGAUAAAACAUAGACACUGUUACAAUUAGCCAUGAUAUGACUAAUCUAUUGUCAUAUCACGGCUAUGUUCCAAUAGGAGUUAGAAAGGUCAAAAAGCCACUACAUGUUUUUUGUCAAUGUUUUAUAAUUUUUUACACUCAGGGUUAACUAUACAUCAACCAAGAAUGCACUGCAGUAGUAAUUAUUUUAUCUUAUGUUAAUUGUGAAACACUGACCUUCAUAUUUUGUCAGCUCAUUUGUAUUAUUUAUAAAAAUCUGUUACGUGUAUGAAACAGUGUGUUGAGGGAUGGGCAGUGUGUACAUUCUGGUUAAGUCAUUUUCUGUACAUGUACUUUUUAUAUGAAUAUAUUAAAGCUUUCUGCCCACUGUAAAA